AAAUUUUGAAAUAUUGGGUUUUUGGUUUAAAGUUCAUCACUUUCAAAGUUUCAUCUCUGUAAAAAAGUGGUGAAAAAGUCUGUUUAUAGCUCUAAAUCUCUUAAACUAAACUUGAACUACCAUUCUUCUUCUUCCCCUCUCUGACUUUGAGUUGGAACUUGAAACAUACAUGUCCAUGUUGUCUGGUUUGGUCUUUUUGUAAACACCCAUUAUUGUUCUUCUCUGUAAUAAACUGAAAACUCCAUUGUUGCAGCUUUCAAGGUUGUUCAAAGGUGGGGGCUUUUUUUUUGAGAAAUGAUAAUGCUGAUAACUAAAGCGAGGGAUUUUGUUGUUUUGUUUGUUAUCCUCUUUUUCUCCGCAGUGUUGACCGCUGAGUGUUUCGAGUAUCACCGCCGUUUACUCCACCAGCCUUUUUUCCCGGUUACUUCACAGCCGCCGGUUUAUCCUCCUUCUUCAUCUUCGCCGUUUCCGUCUCCGGAGCCACUACCUCACUUGAAACAACAACCGAAAUAUCCUUUCUCCACCACUCCUCCUUCCACUCCUCAUAGUCCUUUCUUCCUUUCUUUCCCUUCUCCGCCACCUCCUCCGUCGCAACCUUCCACACUCCCUACUUUUCCCGCCAAUAUUUCGUCUUUGCUCAUACCUCAUUCCCCUUCCCCUUCUUCACACCGACGUCACCUCCUCCUUGUUUCCCUCUCUUCCGCUCUCCUUGCCGCCGCCAUCAUCUUCUCUCUGGCCGUUUUGACACUCUUCCUCCGUCAUCGUAGCCACCAAAACACUUCCUCCGACGAUAAAGCUUCCCGGUCAGACUCUCUUCGUUUAUUCCCUCCAAAUAUUCCACCUUCAGAUGCUUCUCAAAAACCACCUACUCCACCACCGCCACCGCACCAACAACCACAACAACCGCCGCGAUAUGUUUCAACGAAUCGAAGCUCGGAGUUUCUUUACUUAGGCACACUCGUUAACACUCGAGUAGACGCAGCUAAAGCCACCGUUUCAAGCAAUGGCGGCAUCAAGCUAGGUGUUUCAUCGCCACCGUACCAAAAGCUUGGCUCACCAGAGCUAAACCCAUUGCCGCCAUUGCCAAAAGUUCAAACCUUUCAAAGUGGUGAACAGUUCCUUCAAAGUCCAUCAAUGGGUUGUUUUGAAAACACCAUUGAAGUUGAAGAAGAUGAGUUUUUUUCGCCAAGAGGGUCUUCACAUGGCAAAGAAAGCCCACCGCCACCACCACAACAACCGCCGCAACCACCACCACCACAAGAACCAGCAGUAAGAGUAGAGUCAAGCUCGAGAAGGGAAUUUAAUGGCGAUAACUAUGGUAGUCGAAGCUUCAAUUCAAGAACAGCUUCAUACCCAUAUUCCAACUCAUGUUCACCUUCUAACUCGUUCUUGAACUCAAGUCCACCGAGUCAAAGAUCCACUGUUGUCCCUAUCUAUACAGUGCAAAUAAAAAACCCAUCUUCAACCUCACCUUCAUCUUCAAGGUUAUCUUCAUCAUCUUCAGAAAGGUAUUCACCUGAUAGGAGUUCAAGUUUUUCAGCUCAAAACAAAGAAUCUCCAUCAAGGGUUGUAUAUAAAAAGCUUCCACCACCACCUCCACCGCUUCCUCCACCACGUUUUUGGGAGGUUCCCGCCGCGAAAAACCCUGAACCUGGUGGUCCACCGGUUCUCGUUGCACCUUCCAGGCCAGUGGUGUUACAGAACAAUGAAUCCAUCGAGAAGACUACAGCUGAGACCCCGAAACCGAAACUGAAACCUUUGCAUUGGGAUAAAGUUCGAGCGAGUUCGGAUCGGGCUAUGGUGUGGGAUCAAAUAAAAGCUAGCUCAUUUCAGUUGAAUGAGGAAAUGAUCGAGACGUUGUUUACGGCGAAUAAUUUGAAUUCGGCUACUAAAGAAAACGGUCGUAGGCAGAGUUUACCGUCUGUUAAUCAAGAAAAUCGUGUUCUCGAUCCGAAGAAGUCUCAAAACAUUGCGAUUCUGUUGAGGGCAUUGAAUGUUACCAUUGAAGAAGUCUGUGAAGCUCUCAUGGAAGGUAAUUCAGACACUCUUGGGACUGAGCUCCUAGAAAGCUUAUUAAAGAUGGCUCCAACGAACGAAGAAGAGCGUAAGCUGAAGGAUUUCACUGACGAGUCCCCAUUCAAGCUAGGUCCGGCUGAGAAAUUCCUCAAGGCUGUGCUCGACAUACCUUUUGCCUUCAAGAGGGUUGAUGCGAUGCUUUACAUUGCUAAUUUUGACUCCGAAAUCGAGUACCUGAAAAGGUCUUUUGAAACUUUAGAGGCCGCUUGUGGAGAGUUACGGAAUAGCAAAAUGUUUCUUAAGCUUUUGGAGGCAGUGCUUAAAACCGGGAACCGUAUGAAUGUUGGUACCAACCGAGGGGACGCUCAUGCAUUCAAGCUCGACACACUCUUAAAGCUCGUUGAUGUAAAGGGCACGGACGGAAAAACUACACUUCUGCAUUUUGUUGUACAGGAAAUCAUCAGAGCUGAAGGUUCUCGUCUUUCCAAUGCCAAUCAGAACCCGAAAGCUGAGAAAAUACAACAAUCGGAUCUUCAAGAUGAUGUUGAGUUUCGUAAACUUGGCCUGGAAGUUGUGUCCGGUUUAAGUGGGGAGCUAACCAAUGUGAAGAAAGCUGCCGCUAUGGACUCAGAUGUUCUCAGCAUCGAUGUUGCAAAACUUGCAACCGGCAUUUCUAAAAUCCGAGAAGUCAGAAAACUAAACGAAGAGGUUGCUUUGAAAGACAGCAGCCGGAAAUUCUCGGAAUCAAUGAACGAGUUCCUAAAGAAGGCGGAAGAAGAGAUCAUAAAGAUCCAAGCACAAGACCGAGUUGCCCUCUCAAUGGUAAAGGAGAUAACCGAGUACUUCCACGGAAACUCGACCAAGGAAGAAGCUCAUCCGUUCCGUAUCUUCAUGGUCGUAAGAGACUUCCUUUCGAUCCUCGAUCAAGUAUGCAAGGAAGUCGCGAAGGUCAAUGAGAGAACAAUAUACAGUUCAGCACGACCGUUACCAAAUCCCAUUCCACCCCCGGUUUUCCCCGGACUCAACACGCAGCAUUACAGUUCCUCAGAUGACGAAACCUCAUCAUCCUCGUCAUAGUUCCUCGGGUAAAUCCCAUCGUUGUCAUCGCGAUAAAACCCAAUAUCUAACGGGGGCCUCAUUUUCAUAAUCCAAAUGUGCUUUUGCUAGUAAAAAUGUCCAACAUUAUAAUAUAUGAUAUGUAAUUUCUUUUUUUCUUUUUGUUGGUUAAA